AAACAUCUGUUAUCCGUCCCAAAUAAAUAUCAAGUCGAAAAAUACUCUGUAAACAAAGUCUUUCUUCUUGUCCAAACAUGCUCGUUCUUUUGUGCUAACAACGCAAACAAUCAAAGGAGGAAGAAUCAGGCAGACCCAAAAACCUAAAAAAAAUAAUAAUUUAGGGUUUGCUAUUUGGCUAAAGUAGAAAAGACUACAGGCAUAGGAAAGCACUUCUAGGGUUUGAGAGUAGGCUAUGGCGAUGGAAAGGCCAGAUGUUACAAACGGGGGGCUACUGUAUCACGAGGUGCAAGAGUCGAAAUUGUGCGCAGUUCACUGCGUGAAUACGGUUUUGCAGGGGCCGUUUUUCACUGAGUUGGACUUGGCAAGCAUUGCGGCGGACUUGGAUCAGCGAGAGAAGCAGAUGAUGAUGGAGGGCGGUCUCGAUUCUGCUGAUUAUUUGCAGUUUAUGUCUGAGGACUCGUCCAAUGUUGCGAUGGAUGGAGAUUUUAGCAUUCAGGUUUUAGAGAAGGCUCUAGAGAUUUGGGAUCUUCGAGUGAUUCCAUUUGAUUCACCACUGGCAGAUGAAGCCCAGAGAGAUCCUCAGAAUGAGGAGGGGUUUAUAUGUCAUCUCCAGGACCAUUGGUUCUGCAUCAGGAAAGUGGGUGGAGAGUGGUACAAUUUCAAUAGCCUCUAUCCUGCUCCCGAGCAUCUCUCCAAGUUCUAUCUAUCUGCCUAUAUGGACACUCUUAAGAGUUCUGGCUGGAGCAUCUUCCUUGUAAGAGGUAAUUUUCCAAAAGAGUGCCCUGUCUCCAGUUCAGAAAGUAGUAAUGCUUUUGGGCAAUGGUUCACUCCUGAAGAUGCACAGAGGAUUGUCAAAUCCACAUCAGUGACGCACAAUACUUCCCAUGAACAGAAGUCUGUAUCAGUUCUUUCUUCACCUUCUAAUGCACAAGGAGGUACAGCUUUAGGUGCUGAUAAUUCUAAUUAUGAAGAUUCUCAGUUGAGGGCUGCAAUAGCUGCUAGUUUGGGACAUGACCCUUCACAAUGUGAAAACCCUAGUGUUCAGGGUUAUUUAACAAAUUCAUUCAGUAGGCCAUUUGAUGCUAUGCAUAGCAUAUCAGAUGAUGAAGAUCAAGAAUUGAUGGCAGCCAUUGCAGCUAGUCUGAAGGAUUCUACCUCAGGUAGUGGGAACUCUAAGAAUCAAGAUGUUCCUCAGUCGUCAGCAUUUGUCUUGCCAAGUUCAAUGAAUCUGGAUCAAAAUGUUGGAUUGUUGCCCACUUCCACCCAUAUUCCUUCAUCAUCCAUUAAUAUCUCAGGGGAUACAGAUUAUAGUCAGCAGGAAACAUUACUUUCUCCAACAAUGGAGGAUAACUUGCAAGAGAAACAAGAUCUGGUCUCCACUGCCACAUUUGCUUCAACUGUGCAGAACUCUUCUUUGUCUCAGGAUGAUCAUACACCCAUCAAUCAGGUGCCCCAGGUCACAGCUCCAAUGCCAAAUACGGUGUCUAUUAACACUGGCUAUUCAAAUGUUUCUGAAUUAGCAGCUGCAAUGGCAGCAAGCCUGGCUGAUGUGCAAGUGCCUCCACAAAGAGAUGACCGGAUAUAAUUUGAAUCUGACUGCAGCAGUGAUUAUGAACAAAUCCACCUUUUGGGGUUCCUUGUCAACAUGUUCUUGGAUUGCAUGUUUGCCCAAGUAUUUUCACCAUUCACCAUUUACCAUUUUGAUGGUAUUUUUUUUGUCUAUAUGUUGAAUUGUCGUGGUGCAGGUCUCAAGUCCUAUUAAAUUUUUUUGAAACUUGCACUUGAGCUCGCCCUCUGUAUCUUUUGACACUCUAGCAUUGGAAGGCUGAUUAUUAGCACAUGUGAAGGGGACUAAAGUUCAACUCGUACCUUUCUCUGAGUACGUGAUAUGCAUCUGAUAUUGAUUUGGGAGUCAAAGCACUCUCCAAAUUGAUAGCGCUCACCACAUAUAUUAUUUAUCUUCUUGUCUUGAGGUCGUUUAUCAUAUUCUACAAGCAUUGCUAGAAUACCAAAUAUCAAAGUAUAGGAAGAUUGUAGAACAUCAUACAGAAAACAGUAACUUCAGUGUAGUACCAGCUAUCAACGUAACCAUAAGUGCAUCUGUUACUACUCUCAACAAAGGACGCAGUAAUAGUGAGACAAUACACUCACUUAUUCAGUGUUUAUGCAAGAGAAAUAUAAAAGUGAUGUUAAAUCACAUCGAAUACCAGUAUAUUACAUAUUGCUGGAGCUUCUUUACAUGUGUUCAAGUGAAGAAUGCAACUGGUGCAAUAGAAUUUCCAUCAGUGUUGAAAAUGUAUUGUUGUUGCACCGAAUUAAUGUAUUGUAUCCUAUCUGGAGGUGAGUUCUAGUCAA